ACUAGCCAUCUCGGAGACUACGAACAUGGCGGAGUGCAACAGUGGGGUGGACCCGAAGAUACCGGUGCUGAAGGGAGAAACGCUGAAGGAUUUCACCAGAUACAAGAGAGCAUUUCAAGCAGCGGAGUUGAGCUGCGAGAGCAAGGAGUCAAAGCAGGCGCUCGGUCCGAAGCUGUAUAGGAACCUGCUGGGCGCGGACAACUCCAUCAGCGUGCUGAUUGAACAGACGAACUCGAAAGACUACGCGACGGAGGACGGCGCCCAGACACUGCUGAGAUUCCUCGAAGAGCAGCGCUUCGCCAAGAGCAGUUUCAGGGAGUUGCCGAAGGCGUUCGACGCGUUCUUCGACCAGACACACUUCGAUAAGAAGGGCGAAGAGCCGAUGGCAGCGUUUUGUACGGCGAUGGAGGUGGCGAAGCGCAAUCUCGAGGAAGUGGACCCAGACACGAAGAUCAGUGCGAACGAGCUAGGGUACACGCUGAAGAGAAACGGACUGGACAAGGACGAGCGCAAUCUAGUGAUAGCACGGGCAGAUGAGACCUUCAAUUUCCAGAAGAUUAGCACGACGCUGAAGAACCUCUUCCCACGAGGUGGAGGUCGGCACCGGGAUCGACAGGGAUCGAGAACGAGCUGGCGAUGGGCGAACUACAACGACGGCGAGCGUGACCAGGAGGACGAAGACCAGAACGUCGAGCACGACGGGUACUGGGUCCAGGACGACGACGGCUACUGGUACGAGUGGGACGAAAAGUACGGUGUCUACGCGUUCGCGGAGGAUGGCGACGACAGCUGGGACGGCAGCGACCUGUUCUACAUCGAGGACGACACCGACGUCUACCUCGCGAGCGAGGAUGACGAGUACCAGCAGACCCUCGUCACACUGCGCGAGAGCAGGCUUAAGAUGAACAAGAUCUGGGCGGCUCGAGGCUUCUGCGGCUUCUUCAAAGGACGAAUCAAUGGAGUAGUGGACGAGAGCGCGGCGGCCGGCGGCAAGGCAGCGGGGCCGGCGGGUAAAGGCUUCAAGGGCCGCGGCAAGACCUCGAAGGCUCAAUCUCGUCCACGACGGCUGGGUUUCUGGGCGAUGACCACGCUGGUGUGCGUCAUGCCGGACAUGUUCCACCAGAAGGACGUCCAGGACCCGGAGCUCGCGACGGAGAAGUUCCAGGAGCCAGCCGAGCGCGACAUCAUGAUGGUCAACGUGGAGAGCGACCCGAUCCUACCGGAAGAGCCAGAGGUGGACGCGAUGAUCUCGAGCACGAUCAUGCCAGCAACCCUGGUGGACAGCGGCGCCUCCGCGGCAGUGGCCGGGCGCGGCUGGCUGGAUAAGAUCGCAGCAGAGCUCGAGAAGUACAGUCUGAGGCCCAUAAUUGUCGAGGCGAGCCAGAAGUUCAAGGGACUCGGCGGCGCACGACGUGAGGCGCAGCAAAAGUGGAUCAUCCCGAUCGGUAUUGGCAAGAAACGCGUCCUGCAGGAGUACUUCGAGAUCCCCGGUGACAUGAUUGGCCUGACAAGCAAGAAGAACCUGGCGGACUGGAAGACGAACCUUUACCUGCGCGAGGACGGCCAGUGGGCCGACUUCCAGGAGCUCGGGGUGCACGACAAGGAGCUCGUGAAGCUUCCCGGCGGCCACGCGGGCAUCGACAUCUUCGACUACGACCUGGAGUCGUGCGAGGCGGAGCCCCUCUUCGAGAGGUUCCGCAUCAACGUCGAGAACGUCGAGCCGGAGGUUUUCCUGGUCGCGGAGACGCUGCUGGUGUCCAAGCCAGACUUCAGGGUCAAGGACGACGCCGAUCGGUGGGUCCAGGAGGCAACGAAGAACGGUAACAAGGGGAUCUUCAAGAAGGGUAUGCUCAAGCGGAUCGACAAGCUCAUGAAGGAGUAUGCGGUUAUAUUCGACGUGCUGCGCGACAACAACGAGACGUUUCCCUGGGUGUUGUUCGCGAAGGAGGCUCGCUUUACUCAUGUAGCCUCGAAGGGUGGUCACGCGAAUGCGACCCCCUCGGACCUGUCAGUUGGCGUGAACUUUAACGACCCUCGGACGCGAUCUGAUUUCCUGUUUUUGAUCAGGACCUUCAAGCCCUGGAUGGUUUCGGUCGCAUUCCCGUGUACCGCCCAUACGAAUAUGCAAGAGUUACAGCGUGCUCAGGGCAUGGGCGACAGGGUGGACGACCUCAUCCAGGAGUCUCGGCUGCUGAUUUACUUUUCGGCGGAGGUGCUCAAGAUUCAGGCUGAAGGAGGACGGAUCGGCAUCGGCGAGAAUCCCCUCACCAGCCGGGCGUGGCGGGAAAUUCCGAUCGUGGACCUGCUGAGCUGGCACGGGAACAAGCCGCCACUCUACGAGACGGUCACGCUGCACCAGUGCAUGUACGGGCUCGUGGACAACUACGGCGACCCGAUUCGCAAGCCGUCGUGCAAGAUGGUGCCCAACGGUUCGUGCUUCCAUGGGUGGCUCGAGCGCAGGUGCGACGGGAGCCACAAGCACGCCGACAUGGUCGGGCGGAGCCCGGCACUGGCACAAGCGGGCGCCUGGCUGGACGACCUGGGCAAGGCUCUGGCGGGCGCUGGCACGCACGAACUGGCACGACGGACAAGCCCGAAGGAGAUGGGCAUCGGGAGCGGCACGGCGAGGUCCCCGAGCAAGCAGAUCGUGAACGCAGUGGCCAAGGCGUUCAAGCUGAGGAAAGACCUGAUCGACGUGCGCGUGCUGACCGGUGACGAGGAGGUUCCGCACCCUCGCGGGGCAGUGCGGCGCAUCUGCGCGGUGUACUCCAGCGAGGGCGUACUGGCGGACUACAGCGACGCCUACGCGGGCGACCCGGGCUUCGUGACGAUAACGCUGGUCAAGCGGUUCCCCACUGACACGGUGAUCGCAGUCUACGUGAAGGAGCCGAAGGUGCAGACGUCCUUCCCUGCGACGGUGCACGUCUACGGGAGCAAGCCCAAGACCUUUGCUCCAGAUGAUCGCGAGACCGACACGGCACAUCGAGACCUGCAACACGAGGGUGAGAGUUUCGGGGAUAAGCCUUCGGACAUCACCACGGCCCAGUGGGGCGCUCUCAAGAAGCUCCACCUCAACCUGAGCCAUCCUUCUGCUCACGCACUGAAACGGCGACUGAAGUCCUACGGAGCGUCACAGCAAGUGCUGGAUGCGGUUGACAAGCUGGACUGCGGCGUGUGCAAGGAGCUCGGCAGGCCGACUACGGUGAGAAGCUCGAACCUGAAGCUCUCGACGGAAUUCAACGAAAACGUGUUCCUAGUCGAGGCCGAGGUGAUACUUGCAGACGGGACCCGACUGAUGGUUAUGAUGGUGAUCUUGGACGACGCGUCGGGCUUCUGGGUAAUCAUCCCUACCACUGCAGUGAGGUCCAUCACUGGCGAGGAGAGCCUGCGAUGUUUUUCGCAAGGCUGGCUAUCGUGGGCUGGGCCACCCAAGGUGCUGUACGACGCGGCCAAGGGUCACAUCACGAAGCGGCUUGCGGAGAUCGGAGAGAAGUACACCAUCCUGAUGAGGCCGGUCCCAGCAGAGGCGCCCCAGCUCAAGGGUCGAGUGGAGCGCGCGAUCGACUUCUUCAAGGACCACUUCCAGCGCCUGAACCGCGACGUGCAGCUCACCAAGGACGACGAUCGGCAUGUGUGGACAUCGGUGAUAGCGAGUACGUGCAACAACCACAUUCGGCGGAAUGGCUUCACCCCUUACCAAUACGUGCUGGGCCGGUCGCCUGGCAUCCCGGCUUCGCUGAUCGAGGCGAUGGAGGGCGAUCAGAGGCAGCUGGCAUCACAGAGCGCGGCUCUCUUCGAGGAGGGCCCGAGGAGAGCAGAGCAGAUAAGUGCGGCGGCGAACCGGGCGUUCUUCGAGCUGGACAGCGACGACGCCGUCAGGAGGGCCAUGGUUGGCCGAGUUCGCCCGCCGCGUGGACCGUUCGUGCCAGGCCAGCCGGUGUUCUACUGGCGCGAGGUGAAGCACGUGAAGUCGAAGAGGCUCCAGGGCGAGCACGGCUGGCGUGGGCCAGCGAUCGUGCUGGCGACCGAAGGCCACACGAGGCUACACCUCAGCUACCGCGGGGUGCCGGUGCUCGGGACGCCGGAGCAGGUGCGGCACGCCUCCCGGAGCGAGGCGGAGAUGGUGGAGAACGAGGACUUGGUCAGGCAGCUCUCUCACUGGCGUGGAGGACCUGCUCUCCAGAAGGGGUUCAUUGAUGAGCGCGGACCUGGGCCAGACGGGAGCGACAAGACGGGCGCGCGCCACGAGAGGGACGAGAAGGACUCGGACCACGAGGACGGUGUGAUCGACACGAGGAGGACGUACCUGCACCUGGAGACCUACCUGAAGUACCACCACUACCGGGAGGAGGACUGGUUCCUCCAGAACAAGCUACAGACCCACCUGCUGCGGCAGCUGGGCAGGGGCACUCCAUGGACCUGGACGCGGCGGCGGCGCCAGGUAUUCCGCAUCAAAAGCAACAGCAACCAGAUCGAGCCGAGCAACCAGAACCUGCACCACGUACCGGACGACCCGAUGGAUCAGGAAGCGCUCUUCGUCAAGGUCAGGAACAGACAGAGGGGCGCGUUUCUGUCCCGGAGGACCGACACGACGAAGAAGCAGGUCACUCCCAAGAAGGGUCGGGAGAUCCGCAGCAUCCCACAGGAGUGGAAGGCGGCUUUUGAGACGAGCGACCUGGAGGAGUGGCGCAAGUGGGUCGAGUACGACGCAGUGGACUGGCCGACCGAGGAGGAGCUCGCGGGGGUGGACAAGACAGCGAUCCUGCCCAUGAGGCGCGUUCGCACGGACAAGAACGAGGCGACGAGGGGCAACCUGUCGUACGAGCAGCACCCGCUGAAGGCGAAGUCCCGGAACAUUGUUCCAGGAUACAAGGACAAGCAGCUGCUCGCUGGCGAAUUGCAGACCAACGCCCCCACUCUGACAGACACGGCCACGGCGGUGAUCCUGCAGGAGGCCGCUAGCCAGUCGGGUUGGAGGCUUGAACAGGGCGACGUCGACUUGGCAUUUCUGAACGGGAAGAACCUCGACAGCUCUCGACGCGUGUAUUUCCGCGCGCCGAAGGGCGGCCUGCCGGCUUUACCGGAGAUGGGCUGGCCAGCCGUUCCAGAAGGGACGGUGCUGAGAGCGAAGAAGGGGAUCUACGGGAGCGUCGAGUCAAGAUCGAAGUUGUGCCCGGCUCUUUUCUUCCACGACGAGAAUGAGAAGCUGAUCGGCCUGAUCGGGACGCACGUGGACGACGAUUUGGUAGCGGGCUCGCCCGAGUUCUUCGCUAACCAGGUGAUCAAGCUGAGGAAAAUGCACUGCUACGGCAAGUGGCAGACGGCGAAGACCGGUUUCCACCACUGCGGGAGAUUCCUCAAGCAGAGCGACGAUGGCACCAUCACCUGCAACCAGAGGGAGCAUACCGAGAGCAUCGAGAAGAUUCCGAUCUCAAACGAGCGUCGCAUGGACAAGGAAGCGAAGGCUACACCCAAGGAGAGGGCGAUGCUCCACAGCGGCAACGGCCAGAUUCAGUUUCUGGUGCGAUCCACCCGUAUGGACUUGGCAUUUCGACUGGUGGAGAGUCAAGCGAGGGCUCACGACAGCGACCUGAAGGUUCAGGACUUGCUGGACUUCAACAAGCUGGUGAGCGACGCCAAGACGGACCAUGUGGACAUCACUUUCCAGAAGAUUAACAUAGACGACGCGAUCGCGGUGGCGGUUGGAGACUCGAGCCACGGCAACGUGGGCAAGACGAAGACCGCGAGUCAGGCGGGCCGGGUUAUCCUGCUCGCAGACAACAAGGACGAUCAGUUCCUUCGCGGGAGGCCGGCCAAGGUCACUCCCAUGUUGUGGCGAUCGCACCGCAUCAAGCGGAUGGUGCGCAGUACCCUGGCGGCCGAGACGAUGGCGGCGCUGGAGCUGCACUACGGACUAGGUUACCGGACCCACAUGGACGACGUGAAGCCGAUCAAGAUGGUGGAAGUCACGGACUGUAAGUCGCUCUACGACCUGCUCCAGAAGCGAGGGACGGUGCCCUCCGAGAAACGGCUGCUGAUCGAUAUCGAGUCGCUCAGGAACGAUCUGGAGUUCAACAACGUGGUGAGCAAGUGGGUGAGCACGAAGCAGAUGCUCGCCGACUGCCUAACCAAGCACGACGUCCGCGCUGGCGACUACAUGAGGUACGUGCUCCAGACUGGUGAGUACCGGCUGACGGAGGACCUCAUGGCGGACCAGAUCAUAGCCAAGCAGAGGAUGGAGCUUAAAGGACGCAGGGGUGAAUACUACCGCUCGAAGUAUCCCAAGAGGCAGCGACCUGAUGACCAGCUCUUUGUUCACGAGGGCUACACCUACUUCGAGGACUGCAUUGCGGAUGUGAGGUACAAUGCGCGUGUGGCUCAGCCUACUCCGAAGCCCUACCUUCGUUGGCGGAUGAUGCUCGGGCAGCGCGAGGACGAUAUCUACUACGAGAAGCUCGAGGACAUGGUCGACUGGUCUGGCUUGGACCAGGUGACGAAGCGUCGGAGGAUCCCGAGCCAGGUGCGAAAGCUGUUGACGAUCUACGCGCCGACCGAGGCGGCCCUCGAGCGCUACGAGAAGGAUUUCACAGAGAAGCACAUCACCAUCAAGAAGCCGAAGGUGACGAACGAUGAGGACCCCCAGAAGGAGCUAGGUGUCACCGAGGAGCUUGGUGCGCACGUGGAGUCGGACGAGAACGUGAAGUGGGAUGGCACCGACGUCGCGGAGAUCUACAUGAUGGACGCUGCGGGUGCCGAGUCUGAGGGAAUCAAGUCAGGCGCCGCUGCAGCUGCGACGGUGACGGUGUGCGCGUUGUGCCGGAUGACGCUGGACCAGUGCGAGUGCGGACCGAGGACACGCAAGAAGCCACAUCGGGCAUCUACCUCUGCGCGUUCCGACGACCUACCUGCCGUACCUGAUGACGAAGGUGAUGAUGACAAGGAAGCAGGGACAUGGCAGAAGGUACCGCACCGACGCAAGGAACCUACUACACCGACGAAGAAGAAGAAGAUGCUGAAGGCUCGCGCGCUGCACAAGAGAACCGGACAUUCAUCGUAUGAGAAGAUCGCGGACGAGUUCGGCGACGUGAUAGAGAACGGUGUUCUCGAGGCGCAUGAGCUGGUGGUCAAGAACUGCGACGAGUGCCGACGAGGAAAGAAGACCUACGCCUCCAUGCAGCGUGGAGCUCAAGGCAGUGAGUUCGAGACGCACGAGUCCACGAGCAAGGCCAAGGGCAAGCGCAAGGGGAAGCAAUCGGCCCGAGACAGCAUAGGCGACUGCGAGCAAAGAGUGUCGACGACACAAGGAAGCAACCAGUACAAGGACAAGCUCCAGUGCCUGCAGUGUGGCAUGCUGCUAGUGGACACGGACACGACGUGGUGGAAGCGAGAGAAGGAGUAUCGCGAGAUCGAGAAGACCUUGCGUACCAGCAAGGAGAAGGAGAUCAAGGCCGAGAUGAAGGCCAUCCGCCUCCGUAACAUGUACGAGAGGAUGACGAAGGAGGAGGCCAGUGAGUCGAGCAAAGGAGCAUGCUCGGCGGAUACGUGA